AUGUUAAAUUCAAAAUUUACUGUAAAAAGAGAACCAUUAAAAGAAAGGUUUCUAUAAAUAACUAACAAAUUAAAUAAUCUUGAUAUCAAAUAAGGUACAAGUAAGGCUCAUCGAAUUGAUAAGUUAAAUGACAGAAGCUAUAAAAUAGAUGAAAGAAUUAGAACCAUCAAAGAAAAUUACAAUAAAUAAGUUAUUUAGUUAAAAGAAUAAGUUUAAGAACUAUCUGAUAAAAUUGAUUAAGAGAGAUAGGAAUUUAAAUCACAGCAUAAUCAGUAUUCGUAAAAGUUAUCAGAAUUGGAAAAGUCAUAGCAUAAACAAUUAUAAAUUGAAUAAAGUGAAAGGGUAGAUGGAAUUAAUUAAUUGACAGCCUAUCUAAAUGAAAAGGUAUUAAGUAUUAAUAAAUAUUAGAUUACAUUUAUUAAAUCAGAUUUAACAAUUGAAUAGAAAUUAAGAGAAGAGUUAAUUAAUGAAUUAUAAAGAGGAUUAGAAAAUCAAUUACCUAAAAUAAAUUAAUAAAUCAAAAGUGAUAAAUAGGAUAGAGAAUUAUUUGAUAAACAAAUUUUGAAAAAAAGUAGUGUUGAAAUGAAUAAAUUAUCUAAUUAGUUAAAUGAUGUAUCAAGAUAAACAUUGGAAUAAGAAAAUUAAAUUAUUGGGAUGUUACAAGACUUAAUUAUUAGAACAAAAGAGGAUCUAAAAUAAUUGUCAGAAGAAAGACAAGAAAAAGAAGAAGAAAUAAUUAAUUUGAUUGAAAAAACUUGUGAUAGAAUGGUAUAAGCAUCCUUGAUUUGA